AUGUCACCAAUUCUUCCUCGUCACGAAAGCGUUCCGUUGACAUACAUGAAAUGGGUUCCGCUUUACGAAAAGGAAAAACCUUUUGUAUAUCUUUCCGAGGUCCCCAAACAUUCGAAAGAUCCCAGACAGAGUAACUUUGUCUUCCACUCUGUCCAAGUGCCUAUCACAGAUGUUCGUGGCCAAGAGUCCAACUUCUCACUAGAUGAGCACGGUUUCGCCUAUCGCCAACAGAGGGUGGGUUUCGAUAACUUCAGAGACGAAGAAGCCAUUGAGCGUGAAUAUCUUCCACAAGUGGCUGAUUUUAUACGUGCGGAAGUUGACGGGGCAGAUGAGGUGGAAAUAUUUGAUUGGCGAAUGCGCAGAGCUGAUUAUACCCCGGAAGAAGUCGAUAUGAAUGACAAAACUGUGUUCCUUCCAACUUCUGGCAAUGUGCAUGUUGAUCAGAGUCCCUACCAAGCAACUCAAACACUACAGCGGAUGCGAGAAUGCCUGGGCGAUGAAAAGGUAGAUAUGUACAGCAGGGGACGUGUUCGGAUCAUCAACGUAUGGAGGCCAAUUUCAGGACCAGUAGAAGACAAGCCUGUCACAGUCUGCGACGGCAGUACGUGCAAGACCUCGGAACUGAUCACAAACGAUGUCAUUCGAAGUGCUGGACAUGGAGUGAGAGAGGCAUGGGCCUUGCUAUAUGGCGAGCAGCAGAAGUUCUACUAUCUGUCUAGUCAAACAAAAGAUGAGCCACUCAUGAUCAAGAUAUUUGAUUCGAAACGAGAUAUACCGGCUACUUGCUCGCCACACACUUCGUUCCGCCAUACCCAGAUUCCACCCGGGGUGGAUCCGAGAAGAAGUAUCGAGGUUAGGGCGUUUGUGUUCACACGUCCGAAAAUGGCAUGA